AUGACUGUGGUUCGUGGUUUGGUUCUUCUGCAGCAGACAGGUUUUUGUACCAGCUCUUCUCACUGUGUACCAGUUACUACGGCAGUCCCUGGAUCUUUGGCUCAGGAACAACACUGUUUGUUUCAGGUAAGAAUAACACUUUAUUUAAUUUAGUUGAUUUAUUGAACCAGUCUUAAACAGAUUUGAUCAAGUUUUCUCUGUUUACAAAGACAACUGUGAGUUUAUUUAGAUUCUCAAAGAGGAAUUUGCUGCAGAGCGGCUCCUGAGACACAAAAGAGCUUCAUUACUCUCUCUGUAUUUGAUCCUCUGUGUUUUUCAUUUAAAAAUGUUUUACGAUAAUCAGAUCAGGUGUAAUGUUCUUGUAAUCAAAUAUGUUCUGACAAAUGAAGUGUUUUUGUCUUCAAAUAUGUUAAAUUGCAAGUGUGUAAUACUUCAAAAGCAGUAAAAUGAACAACAGCUGUGGUAGUUUAUAUUACAGUACUUGUCUAUGUUGGUAACAGACACACUUAUACCUGACAAAAGUCUACAUCUUAAAUGUUUUUAUUUUAUAUAACACAUAAAAUCUUUUAUUAUCUCAUUUCCCUUGAGGGACAAACAAACCAUCUGUCUGCCCUUCUGAAAUUUUGUUAUGAUGUAAAUUUAAAAUAUUUUAGUUUCUACUUCUGUAUUUGAUAUAAAUUUAAUAUGACACACAGGACUAUAGACAACAUUUUACGAACUAAUAUUCUAAUCAAUACAUUUUUAAUUUAUUAUUAUAAAGAUAUUUUCAUUUGUACUGUCCAACAAUAUAAACCUGUGUCAUUACUCUGUAGCAGAAGAAGCUUCACAUUUAAUAUUAAUAUAUAAUCAAAGUAUCAAAUAAUACAAAACAUGUUACUCUACUGUAGUAAUUGUGUCUCUGUUACAGUACAUUAAAAUAAUCAAGAAAUAUAGCUUAUUCUGAUGGUGUCAUGUUUUUACUUUCUAAUUCAAUAAGAAAAUUAACUAUAUAACGUAAAAAGCUUUUCAUGAUUAUAUGAAUUAUUUGAAACUGUACAUUAGUCUGUGCUGAUAUAUGAAUAUAUCCUCAGUGAAUAAUAUGAUAAUAGAUGACUUUUUUAAAAACAUGAAAACUGAGAGUACAGAUUUCCCUUUGGGGAGGACAUAAGGUUAUUCUAAUUCUAAUGGUUAUACUUUUUAUGAUAAUAAUAACCACAAUCAUAAUAAUAAUUAUUAUUAUCAUUAUCAUUAUUCCUUAAACUAAUAGAAAAUGUGUAUCUUUAAAACUGAUUUAUAAAAUGUAAAUGAUUUAAAAACAGCAACAACUAACCAAAAAAGCACUGCAAAUGUAAAAUAUUAAACAUCUAAUUUCCACUGAGGGAUAAACAAAGUAAUUUUUUAUGUCUUUAUUUCUCAAAUGAUAUUUUAAAAAUCAAAGCUCAAUUUUUCCUACUUCUGUUUUCAUUUAAUUUUUUCUAUAAACAUUCAAAAAGGUCAGCUCACAUAGAGAGAAGUUAAUCCAGACCUAUCACAAAAUCUUACUGAACUAAUGAUUUUGAAAACACUUUUUAAAGCAUCUGAAAUCAUAUUACAUUUGUACGGCACUGUAAAUUAAACCUUUUUCUUCGAUAUUUGGCAGGAUGGGUUUUAUUCAUAUUUGCCUUUUCUAAAUGUAUCAUUACAGUCCUAAAUAAAAAAGGAGAAGAAAUAACUGGUGUGUUUAUUGGUAUCUGAGUUAACUAUGUUAAAGGGUUCAAAAUGUAUGGAUUAGUCUGAGUUUUUUAAAUUUUCAUUAUUUAUGCUGAUGAUGUUGUUUUUUUCUGGAAAAAAUAUAAUUCAAACUAAUGUGAAUAAGAUAUCCUCAUUAGAAAAGAUAUUUUGAACAUUUUUUAAAUGAAACAGUGAAUGUAAAUUAAUUUAACUGUGUCAUGACUUUAAAAAGUAUGAUAUGAUAUAAUACAAUACAAUUCACUUUUUUAUAUAUAGACAUAACUAUAACUAUACAAAAUGCUAAUAUGAUGUUAGACUGAACAGUAUUUUUAUAGUUAUCAUAAACUUAAUAUCUGAUCUAAUGUCUUUGGUAAGAGAUCUAGUUUCAGUAUGUUGACCUUGAGUCCGUGUUGCUGAGUGUUUAGGAGCUCAGAGCUGGUGUGUUGUUCAGGAUUAGACUGAAUGCAGAGCUAGAAGCUGCUGACUGUGUGAAUGUGUGUGUGCUGCUUGUUUCUCUUCAGGUGAGCAGGUAGUGGAGCCCGUGGUGAGAGUGUACCCGGCUGCAUCCAGAGGCCAGCUGCUGUGUGUGGCCUCAGGUAUGUUUCCUCCUCUGGUGAAAUUCUCCUGGAAAAGACAAAAGGAGCGUGGUGGUGUGGAGGUGCUGCCCUCUGCUGACAGUCGGCAGCAGAAGCUCCAAGAGACUGGAUGUUCAGCCUCCAUCUUACACAUCAAUCAGCAAGAGAUCAGCUCUGAUCAAUACCUCUGCAACGUGCAGCACCAGGGAGGCACCAGGGAGGUCCCAGCACCAACAGGUAAUGAAGGCUUGGUGAGCACGCUCAGUGCUGAGUUAGCUUCUUAUGGUGAAGCUUUAAGAGAUGCCAGAGGACCAGAGGACUUACACAGUUUUCAACUCUUUAUCUGUUUCUGAAGGUCGUGUGACUCCAGCACCAACACCGUCACCUUCAACAGCACCAACACUGUCACCUUCAACAGCACCAACACCAUCACCAUCCGCAUCACCAUCACCUCCUCUCUCAGCAUCCCCUUCUGUCCCGUCUCAGCACCAGGUGAAGCUGCUCUCUCUGCUGUACUCACUGCUGAUAGUGAAGAGUCUGGUGUACUGCUGUGGACUCUUUCUGAUGACCAUCUUCAGAGACAAGUGA